CAGCCAUGCAAUACAAACAUGCAACACCCCACAUACCCACUAGCACUCUUCAUUAGACAUACAAUUGGCUCGGAGUUUGCGCAAACGUAUAAGUACAUAAUGAAUUAAACGAAGCGUAUUUUUUUCAUUGCACUGUGUGUUAAGUAUUUCUCUUUUUCUAGUAUAGCUAUCUGCAUAGUGUUAUUCACAUCCUUAUCAAGCAAUAUGUCACAUGUACUUGACAGUGAAGGUCAAUCUGUAUUAAUUGUAUGUGAUCGUAUCAACGAAAUUUAGAAAUAAAUUGAGAUUUAUUGAACAACUUGUUUUCCGCGUCGUGACUGUAACUGCGACCUUUUGGCCAGUUUUAAUAUAAGUAACACGAUAUUACAAUUACGAAGCUUGACUGUCUAUUUUCGAUACGAUGGAGGCAUUUGGGAGGAUAUGGAUUAUAUUUAUGUCUACGACAUAUUUAGGAAUACUAAGCGGUCACGUAUCAGCGGAACCAUGUGGUAUUAGGGCUACUGUAGCAAGAAAACGUUAUGCCAUGUACGUGUGGACUACUGGGUUCGAUCGCCAUGUUCCGGGCUGUGACGUAGCCAAAUUUCUGGAAUGGAACUCAAAAGGGUCCUGUUUUACUCAUGUCUGGGACACCAAAGCAAAACGGGACUGGCUUUGGGCGACAUGUAAUUUACCUGGGCGGGAGAUCGAUGCAAUAUUUGUGAGUGAUGUUCAUCAUAAUCUAAAGGAGGCAUAUAACACUGGAGACUGUGCAACAUCGGCGAUAGCUAGAGUCAAGGCAUUGCUAACAGAAGGACAUACUAAGGUGCCGAAUCUUAAAAUAUACGGGCUAUAUGCCGUGAGUGACAUCGACGUUUCCGAGAAAAAUUUGGUCAAAUACAUCGUGCAUUACAAUGAUGUGUGCGCAACCUCCAAAAAUGAGAGAUUUGACGGUGUAGCGACAAACAAUGAAGCCUAUGCUGGCAUCAAGUGCGGAAAUAUUAAUGAAAGACUGAAAUACCUGGAUAAUUUAGAAAAGAUUGUGACAGAGGCCAGAAAACAGGUUAAAGGAACGUUGCUGACACACUACUCCGUCAGCUGGCACUGGGGACGCUGUCAUGGGAAAAUGAGCAAUAUGACGUGGAAGGGCAAAACAACUGACGUCAGUCGUCACAUGAUUGAUAUAUUUGACAGCAUUGAUGUUCAGGUCGGAUAUAUAAUAUACCCAGCUAUUUCUGACAGAAUGAAAACUGCUGGUUACGACUAUGCUAUGGCUUUGAACAAACCCAUUUAUACAACUGUGUACACAAAUAAGGGUUCACCAUGUCAGAUCACGUUCUUCCCAGAUGACACUUGUCGUACUAAGGGUCACAAUGAGACUGCAAUGUUCACCAUCUUUGACGGUUUCUCUGCCAAUGGUAUAAGCUACGCACAACCAUGUAUUCAUUACUUUCGUGGCGUAUACUCCACUGGAGUACAUCUUGGCUGGCCUAUACAUGAUGCUACAGGUAGCUCACCGAUUGUUGGAAAAUGAAGGAGCGGACACGAUGGAAAAUGUUGACAAUGGAACGUCCAUCAUAUAAUAAAUUACUAUUUUCAUUAGCAUCAUGACUGUUCUGUUUUCAAACAACGAUAUUUCAUAAAACAUGAUUUGUCAGUGACAUGUGUUUCUAAGAUAUUGCAUUGGAUUCUCGUUACCAAUUUUGUCUUUGAAACACACUACUAUGAAAAUA